AUGACAAUGGACAUUCAAAAUAAUUAUCAAAAUUACAAAGAGGCUGCUCCAGAUGGGAAAGAGACUACCUUAAACAUUGAAAGUGCCAAAACUUCGUUAACUUCAAAAUCUGAAGGCUUAGCUAUGUUGAAUCCCGGAAAAACGUUGAAAAGAUCCUUCGAUGUUGCAUUUUUGAUGAUGCCUGAUGAAAAACUUCGUCAGAAACAACCAGACCGUCAGCUACGGGUAUCCAAACAAUUAUUCAACAAUGAAGAAUGGGAACAAUCUUUGAAAAGGGUUCCCGAAAUUUAUAAACACGGUGAAUAUUCCAAUGAAAAUAUACUGGACGCCAAAGAUCAAGACGACGAAAGAAUACGUGUGAACAACAACAUAUCGCCUACCUUUAGCUCUGACAUUAAUAUAGACGUCGGGACAGAUGAAUACCCCAAUAAAACGAUGUAUUGCAGUGAUUCAGAUAAUUCUGACAUAUCCAGAAGUCGUCCAAACUCCAAUGAAAGUGCUGCCAGGCAACCAAAAUUUCUACCUGAAUACAAGAAUAAAAUUUUCGACGAUCCAACAUUAAUUAGCAUGCAGUCAAGAGCAAGAUACGAAAACAGGUACACCGAGAGACCGCCAGAAAUGUCUCCUAAGAGUGCGUUCACCAAAGUUUCUAACUUCAGCAUGAGAUCUCCAAAUCCAUCAGUUAGCCCUGAUAAUCUUUUAUACCAGAACUCCGUAAGUCCCCCGUUAUCUGCGGCGAGUCCACCUGCUAGUUUUAACAAGGUACCGAAUAAUUUAUUGACCCACGCUCAUCUUCUCAACGGAAAUAACUUUUUCAAAGGCCACGUACCUUCACAAUCUCCUCCUAAUUAUCCUGAAUCAACAAUACCAAGGUCAAAUACAUCUUUCAAUAAAAAUAUUGAAUACCCAGAAAAAUCAGGUGACCCUAAAACAUCUCAUCAGUUGCCAAAUAAAUUGAACUUUUUACCAUUCAGACCCGAGAUACCAUAUCUUCAAGCAGGAUCUUCGUACCCAUUUGGUGUUCAAAACUUCCAAUCUCCAAGUUCAGAUUUUAUGAAGUUUCCUGUGCCUCCAAGAGAGCCGGUGAAUCCACUUAUAGCGAAUCCUUGUGCUGCAAUACUGAGUACGCUAUUACCACCGACACUAGCAGCAUUUUCGUUGCCCGCUCAAAACGUUUGUGCGAAAUGCAGCAUCAGCUUUCGAAUGACAUCUGAUUUGGUAUACCACAUGCGUACGCACCACAAAAGUGAGUCGUCACAUGAUCCUCAUAGAAGAAAGAGAGAAGAUAAACUUAAAUGUCCAGUCUGCAAUGAAAGUUUCAGAGAAAGACAUCAUUUGACCAGACAUAUGACCGCUCAUCAAGACAAGGAAGGGGACAUGGAUGACGGUCCCUCGCAGAAUUAUAAUAAGAAGAGUAAGCAAUUCUAUCACAAUGGGGGCUCCCUCAUCCACAAAUGAAUUA